GCAGCCUCCUUCUAUUGUCUCCUUAAACAAGUGCAGUUUUUUUUAUUUUGAUUGUAAUAUCAAUAAUGCACCUUCUCCAGCAGCAUCAUCUCUGCUGGUCACGACGGAUCACUUUCUAGACAUCGACUACACACACAUAUAUAUAUAUAUAUAUUAUUUUUUUUUCUUAAUUCUUUCUCCUGUCUCUGGCUUUGCGGAUGGUCUAAUAUUCCUUGCUGCUGUGGGAAGAACAGCAAAAUCUGACACCAGGAGGACUGUUAUUUUUUUUUGCGGGGGGAGGGACAGACAGAGAGAGAGAGAGAGAGAGAAAGUGCUGAGCUCCGCAAGGAAGUUGCCUGGGGCGGGCAGGGACCCCGAGGACUCCGCGGAGGAGGCUGGAGACGGAGCUUCUCACCCUUCGCACACUGCCGGAUGAAUUUGAUUUCCUGAGGCUCCACUGAAGAUAGGACUUGUGGAUUACAGGCCCUAAAUUGAUUUUCUCCAACAUCUGUGCCACAUUUUCUUCUCCGCCACCUUUUAAAAUUAUUAUCCUGCUGUCUCUUCUGGAUUAUGAUUCGCUCAUGGGGCUCGGCUAGCUCCGUGCCUGGGGUCCACCAACCCUCCCUUUUUGACGAAUAGGAAGGCCUUGCUCCCGAAGGCACAACCUCGGUUUUGGAAUACCCCACCUUAAAGACUCCCCCAAGAUCACCUUUGCGCUUGUGUGUCUUAUCUGCCGAUCAUGGAGCUGCAGUGGAACCCCACUUCCUACCCACAGUCUCCCUCUGUCAUCUUCCUGUUUGUGGCUACUUCGUACACUUGGCUCCUUCCUGUCACCUCCCCUCAGCGAAUCCCCAUAGACCCUCAGGCGGCGCCUGAGUACGCCCACUCCAUCCGACUGGAUGGGGACAUCAUCCUCGGAGGAUUAUUUCCUGUCCACUCCCGGGGUGACCGAGGCACGCCCUGCGGGGAGCUGAAAAAGGAAAAGGGCAUCCAUCGUUUGGAGGCCAUGAUGUUCGCUAUCGACCUGAUCAACAAGGAUCCGGAGCUGCUGCCCAACAUCACGCUGGGGGCCCGGAUCUUGGAUACCUGCUCCAGGGAUACAUAUGCUCUGGAGCAGUCCCUGACUUUUGUGCAGGCCUUGAUCGAGAGGGACGGCUCCGACGUUCGCUGUGCUAACGGAGACCCUCCGAUCUUCACCAAGCCGGAUAAAAUUGUAGGGGUGAUUGGAGCGGCAGCCAGCUCGGUGUCCAUCAUGGUGGCCAACAUCCUGCGCCUGUUCAAGAUCCCCCAGGUCAGCUACGCCUCCACGGCUCCAGAACUGAGUGACAACACUCGCUACGACUUCUUCUCCCGCGUGGUGCCGCCAGAUUCCUACCAGGCACAGGCCAUGAUGGACAUCGUCACGGCGAUGGAGUGGAACUACGUGUCCACGCUCGCAUCGGAGGGCAACUAUGGAGAGAGCGGCGUGGAGGCCUUCGUACAGAUCUCCAGGGAAACCGGUGGUGUGUGUAUUGCCCAGUCCUUGAAGAUCCCCAGGGAGCCCCGGCCUGGGGAGUUUGACAAGAUCAUCAGGCGCCUGCUGGAGACCUCCAACGCCAGGGCCAUCAUCAUGUUCGCUAAUGAGGAUGACAUACGACGUGUUCUGGAUGCAGCCAAAAGGAACAACCAGACGGGUCACUUCCUGUGGGUGGGAUCAGACAGCUGGGGGUCCAAAAUCUCUCCUGUGAUUGGCCAGGAGAGGGUGGCUGGGGGCGCCAUCACAAUACUCCCCAAACGAGCUUCUGUGGACGCGUUUGACCGGUAUUUCCGUAGCCGCUCACUGUCAAACAACAGAAGAAACGUUUGGUUCGCUGAAUUCUGGGAGGAGAACUUCAACUGUAAGCUGGGCAUGCACGGCAAACGGCCCGGUAGCCUGAAGAAAUGCACAGGUUUAGAGAAAGUUGGUCGGGAUUCCAGUUAUGAACAGGAGGGUAAGGUUCAGUUUGUGAUGGACGCCGUGUACGCCAUGGCCCACGCUCUGCACCGCAUGCACCGGGAACUAUGCUACGGCUACCCAGGCCUCUGCCCGCGCAUGGCCAGCAACAUCGAUGGGAAGGAGCUGCUCAGCCACAUUCGUGCGGUCAACUUCAACGGAAGUGCCGGUACACCAGUGGUUUUCAAUGAGAAUGGAGACGCUCCAGGACGAUAUGAUAUCUUCCAGUACCAGAUUACCAACAGAUCUACUGCGGAGUACAGAGUCAUCGGCUCCUGGACCAAUAAACUAAACCUCAAAGUGGACGCCAUGCGCUGGAGGACAGGUGAUCCAUCUCUCCCAGCAUCUGUAUGCAGCAUCCCGUGCCGUGCGGGCGAAAGGAAGAAAGUGGUGAAAGGUGUGCCUUGUUGCUGGCACUGUGAGCGCUGCGAGGGAUACCACUAUCAGGCUUCAGAGUUCACCUGUGAGCUGUGUCCUUAUGAGAUGCGACCUGAUACCAACCGCACCGGCUGCGUUCCCAUCCCCAUCAUCAAGCUGGAGUGGCACUCCCCCUGGGCCGUCGUCCCCGUCUUCAUCUCCAUGCUGGGCAUCAUCGCCACCUCUUUCGUCAUCGUCACCUUUGUCCGGUACAACGACACGCCCAUCGUGCGGGCCUCCGGGCGGGAGAUGAGCUACGUCCUGCUGACGGGAAUCUUCCUGUGUUACGUCAUCACAUUCCUGAUGAUCGCGACGCCGGAUGUGGGCGUGUGCUCAUUCAGGAGGAUUUUCCUCGGCUUGGGGAUGUGCUUCAGCUACGCCGCCCUGCUAACCAAGACCAACAGGAUACACCGCAUCUUCGAGCAAGGAAAAAAGUCUGUCACAGCGCCCAGGUUCAUCUCUCCUGCCUCCCAGCUCGUCAUCACCUUCUCCCUGAUCUCGGUCCAGCUCAUGGGGGUCUUUGUCUGGUUCGCCGUGGACCCUCCCCACACCGUCGUGGACUACGGCGAGCAGCGAACCCAGGACCCCACGUCGGCACGCGGCGUCCUCAAGUGUGACAUCUCCGACCUUUCGCUCAUCUGCUCUCUGGGCUACUCCAUCCUGCUGAUGGUGACGUGCACAGUUUACGCCAUCAAGACUCGAGGCGUGCCUGAAACCUUCAACGAGGCCAAGCCCAUCGGAUUUACCAUGUACACCACUUGUAUCAUCUGGCUGGCGUUCAUACCCAUCUUCUUUGGCACGUCGCAGUCCGCAGAGAGGAUGUGUAUCCAAACCACCACGCUGACUAUCUCUCUCAGCCUGUCUGCCUCUGUGUCUCUGGGGAUGCUGUACAUGCCCAAGGUCUAUGUCAUCCUCUUCCACCCCGAGCAGAACGUACCCAAACGAAAACGCAGCUUCAAGGCGAUCGUGACAGCGGCCACCAUGUCAGGAAAACUGGCCCAGAAGGGAGGAGACCGGCCAAACGGAGAGGUGAAGACUGAACUCUGUGAGAGCAUGGAGACCAACACAAAUGGCUUCAUCAACUAAGAUGACAUAUGUCAGCUACAGCAAUCAUGCCAUCUGAAGGGACCACGGGAGACGGAGACGGGGAUUGAAAAGGAGAGGGGGCGUGUCUUGUGGGCAGGGCCGAGCAAAAGAAGAAGCCGUCAUUCAGAGCCAAUUGGCUGGAGAUCUGGCGUACAGGCAGAAUGCCCAAUGGAAUUCAAGCAUGAGACAUUUUGUAUUGUUCCGCAUCAAACCACAGAGAGUUGGGACCACACAAACAGCCAGUCAGUGUGCCUGCUUCCCCGCUGCUCACAGCUCAUUGGUCCUACCAUGAACUUACCUGUUUAAAAAAAAAAGAAAAGAAAAAAAGACCAUAUGAAAAAAGUGACAUGCCAUAGGACACUGUGGUGGACAGAGUAACUAUUAAAACAUACAAAAGUUUGAAAAAAUAAAAAAAAUAACAUAAAAUUGAAAAUAGAAAGAAAAACUCAGAAACCAUGUACACAUUAUAUCUAAAAGGACAAAGGUGGGGCGGGGACAGAGAUUUAACAGAUUACAUUUUAAAAGAUAUUUAAAAAGAGAAAUGUACCAGAAAAAUUUAUGAGACUCAAACUUGUUUGUUGUAAUUCUCUACUUGUAAGUAUUUUUGUGGUCGUGACGAUUUUUUCAUUCUUGUCUCACCGUUGUCUGAUGGAUCGCCCUUGCAUAAUGAGAUGAGUGUGUUUCCUCCUGCUGUCUUGGCUGACCAGGUUGUAGCCUUGGGUAGUGAACCUGUAAAAUGCCAUGGUUGAAGCAUGCCAGUUUUUAUACAAAAAUGGAGAUUUAUUUAUAAUAAAGGAAUGUUUUGCAAACGUG